AUGGCGUUUCAGAGUGUGUUUGGUAGAGAUGAUAUUAUUGAGGAGCAUGUAAUAAUUUCGCUUGAUUUGAGCACAGAGACAUUCACACGGUUGAUGCCCCCUGAAAAUUAUGACAAUGACGGGGAUAUAAUGAUACCACCAAAUAUUUGUGUGUUGAUGGAUUCGCUUUGUUUUUCUUAUGAUAAGGAAACUGAAUUUUUCAUAUGGCAGAUGACGAAAUUCGAAGAUGAAAAAUCUUGGUCUAAAUUCCUUAAAUUUAGUUAUCACAAUGUUGGAAUAGAUUUUGAACUUGGUCACCCACGUAUUAAAUUAACGCGGUUGCAUCUUUCUCAGGAUGGGAUUAUGUUGAAAGUUUGGUUCCAAUAUGUCGAAGGUUCAUCAGCUAUUGAAAAGAACAAGUUCAGUGGUGUUUUGCAGCAAGGAACACUAAUGUUACAUCUCAAACAAAUUGUUUUAUAG